GUUUAUCGCGAUAGGCGAUAAGUGGGAAUAUCGAUAAUAAUGACUACGUAAACAGUACAUAUUCCACUUCCCUUAUGUUCUACUGGAGGCUCAAACGUCUCGACUGUUACAUGAGGAAGAUGGUACUAUUCAGUGCUAUUGCACGUGGUUGUCAGCUGAUACGCGCCUGCGUCCACAUUUCACAGCCUUUUCCAUUCCUCUGGAACAUUUUACGCCUAUUACGUCAGUCGAAAUCCAGCUGUCGACUGGAUUGGAACGUUCUUUUGUUAUCGGCGCUUCCGAACACCAAACUUUGUUAGUGUCAACAUUAGUGCCAUAGAUAUGUUCCUAAUUAUUGCUUAGUAUACAGUGGGAAAGAUGAGUAGAACAAUGACUGACAAGAGUAAAAAAUUAUCACGCUGGUACUUUGGUGGUAUUUCUUCCGCAGCUGCUGCAUGCGUGACCCACCCUUUAGAUUUACUAAAGGUUCACUUACAAACGCAACAAGAGGGCAAACUAUCAGUAGUACAUUCUACUAUUGGAAUAAUUAGGAAACAAGGAAUAUUAGCUCUAUAUAAUGGACUCAGUGCUUCCCUACUUCGCCAACUUACAUAUUCUACAAUAAGAUUUGGAGCUUACGAGGUCGGCAAACAAACAUUUGAAUCGUCUGGUCAUCCGUUGCCUUUUUAUCAAAAACUUAUGUUGGCUGGAAUUUCCGGUGCUACUGGCGGUGUCUUUGGAACUCCCGGCGAUGUGAUUAAUGUACGCAUGCAGAAUGAUAUCAAAGUAGCACCAGAACUAAGAAGAAAUUAUAAGCAUGCUUUAGAUGGACUGUUGCGUGUAAUUCAACAAGAAGGGGUUCGUCAAUUGUUUAGUGGAUGUUCAACUGCGACCAUGAGAGCAGCACUAAUGACUAUCGGACAAUUGAGCUUUUAUGACCAGAUUAAAACAACGUUGUUACAAACUGGCUAUUUUCAAGAUAAUCCUUCAACACACGUUUUAUCCAGUGUAUCGGCAGGCGCUAUUGCAACAACGCUUACGCAACCUUUAGAUGUUCUAAAAACACGAGCAAUGAAUGCUAAGCCUGGAGAAUUUAAAAACCUAAUAGAAAUCUUCCUAUAUACUGCCAAACUUGGGCCAUUGGCUUUCUUUAAAGGCUAUGUACCUGCAUUUAUUCGGUUAGCACCUCAAACUAUUCUCACAUUUGUAUUCCUUGAACAACUCAGAUAUAAUUUUGGAUUCUAUCCACAAUCCGUAAAGCCAUAAAUUAUAAAGAUGAAAUAUUUUUGAUAAGCAGAACUUUUGUAAGAUAAACGGAUUCGUUUCGUGGCAGAUAUUAUACAA